UCUACUUCUGUCAUGUCUACCGAGUGCCAGUUGUGAUUGCGCUAAGUUUAUCGAUUCUUUUGUAUAUAGUCGAAGCAAAAUAUUUUGUAUACUGUUAUUAAAUCGUUAUCUUUAUAGUGUUGUCAAAACUACAUAAAUGUUUGGAACGGUGACUGUUUAUUGCUUCCGUUAAUGUUAAAAUAGUGACGCUGGGUAUGCGAUGUAAAAAUGGUUACCUCUAACAAACAGCCUGAUAAAAAGGUAGUAAAAAUGGCUGAGCAAGACAAUAGUGCAGUGAUGCCUCAACGAACACUUUUAGGCGAAGUCAACGAACAAAUAACAUGUCCUCUUUGUCGAGGUUAUUAUAUAGAUGCUACCACCAUUGUGGAGUGUUUACAUUCGUUUUGCCGUAGUUGUAUAAUAAAGCAUUUACAAAUUAAAAGCUACUGCCCGGUUUGUGAAAUGAUGAUUAAUUCAGCUAAACCUAACAUAAAACUAGAUAAAGCUUUACAAGACAUAGUGUACAAACUUGUACCAGGUCUCUUUCAAAAAGAGAUGGAGCGUCGACAGCAAUUUUACGCAUCUAGACCAGGUCCAGCAGCAUCAGCAACUCCAGAGCAAAGAGGAGAAGAUACAGAAAGAAUAAUUUUCAGCCCAGAAGAUGUUAUAUCCUUUUCUUUAGAGUAUUCUGAUGCUACUGACACAGACAGCAUAUCAAGUAAGUCAUCAGAUAGUAAUGAACCACAGCCAGCAACAGCCUCUACCCGGAGGUACCUUCAAUGUCCAGCUGUUGUCAAUAUAAAUCAUCUCAAAAAAUUUCUCAGUAUGAAAUUUGAUAUAGACAGUUCUCAAUUUGCUAUAGACAUAUUAUAUAAGAGAGUUCCAUUACCAGAUUAUUAUACUUUAAUGGAUAUUGCUUACAUAUACAAUUGGAAAAGGAAUGAACCCAUGAGAUUUUUUUACCAAAUAAUUGAUUAUGUUGCUAUAAGAAAUAGAAUAUUUGACAUCAACAGAAAAGGAACACAAUUCCCAGACAGGAAACCAAGUCCAACAUGUACAGAAGAUACCAAUGUAAGCAGUCCUAUCCCACAUAUAAAUGACAAUGGGUCUGAAGCAUCCUCUGGUACUGAUAGUCCUAUGCCAGAUGAUAACUUGAAAAAACUCAGUGAUACCAUAAAAAAGGAAACACAAAAAGUUAAGGAUGGCAAAAACUAUGAUUCUAAACAAUCUGCUAUAAAUUGUUGUCCAUCUCCUUUCAAGAAAAAUGAUGAUGAAGUUGAAAAAUCACAAUUUUUAAAUUCCUUUGAACUAACUGCUAAACAUAACUCACAGACUCCAAAAACAUCUCCUAAAAGUACCAAUGAUAAUGUUACAUUACCUAAAGAAGCUGCUAAAAAUGUCAGCACAGCAGUGUCUAAGACUGAAGAAACUCUAAAAAGAAAGAUUGAACCUACAAAAGCAAUACCAGAAAUGAAAAAAAUUAAAAUUGAAGUAGACAAAACAAAUCAACCAAGUACCAAUAACAUGCAAAAAACUGUAAAUGAAAAUCAGGCAUCAGAAAAGAGCAAAUGUGUUCCAGAUACACCUAAAAUUGCCUCAACAGAAAAUAGUAACCAUUCAUCUCCAGUUCCAGCCCUUAUAAAAGAUAUCAAACCUCCACCAGUGUCUUCAUUCAAACAACAAACAGAUGGUUCUGUACAGAAAAGAAAUGUGUCAGCAGCACAGACCUUAACAUCUCCUAAAAGAAAGACUUCUGAAACAACAACAGUGGCCCAACCUUCACCUUUAGUUCAAAAGACAGUUUCACCUCUAAAACUUCAAAUACCAAAGCCAGAAGCUGUUUCUACUUUGCCCAAGCAUGUUGAUACACCUAAACCUGUUAGCAAAAAAAUGCCAGAUUUGAAACCAAGUAUGCCUGUAAAUGCAUCAUCACAAAAUAAAGUUCACCCUGUAGGCAGACUGAGAAUGGACCUAUUAGCAAACAAUUGUGAUCCAAUUAUGGACAGAAGUAAAAUAAUGUCACAAGUGAAAACAACUCUGCCUGUACCUAAUAUGCAACCCACAUCAGGAGAUCCUUUAAAAUCCUUAUUUGAUUCAUGCAAAAUUAAUAUACCUUCGUCAUUGUCAAUCACAUUAACAGACCAGAAAUUAGAUCCACGAAGUCCUGACCCAACACAUACAGAUCCAAAGAAGAACAUUGUAAACAAGAAUCUAACAAGUGGUGGUUCAACUUCUCAUAAAGUUCCAAGUCCACCCGUACAUAACUAUAUUGAAAUUCUUAAACUUCCAGAUAAUGAUUCUAAAAAGCCAAACAAGCCUGAAAAUUUAUUAGAUAAAAGUAAUAGUCAAACUAAAGUUGAAAACAGCCCAAUGCCAUCAAAACCUGCAGUCAAAUCAUCUGAAUCUUCUGCAAAAGGCCCAAUACCCAAUUUAAAACCAAUAGCUGAUACUAAGUUAGCUAAGGCCCAAGCUAGCAAUUUAUCAGCUCCCAUUACAUUCCAGCAAACAUUUGAACAACAACUACAAUCAUUACAAUCUGAUAAAAAAUCUAAGUUGCCCAAAACUAAAACUCAAGUUCCAAAAUUAGUUCCAGCUACACCAAAAUCUUUUAGUGCUGCUAAUAAACUUAAUACUUCCAACAAAUCAAAUCCUAUUAGCAAUCCCAUCUUAGAAAAUAAAACAGGCACAGCUUUGGAUUUGUCUACUCCACAUAACAUUCAAAGUCAAUUGGGUCCACAGCAGACUAAAGCAUUUGAAACCAUGAAAUCAAUUGAUAAUUUGGCAAAGAAGCAAAGUAUGCCAUCUAAACUCACUCCAAUUUCCAUGUCUCAAGCCAAUUUGUUUUCUAGUUUAACCUCUAGAGCUCUAACCACUGCUCCACCUCUUAGAGUGCCCUCAGCCAAUACCAUAAAUCAGCUUAAAUUAGAUAAAAUGAAUGCCAAUGCAUCACAAGCAAAUACAUCUAGGAAGGAACAAAUUCAAAAGAGUAAUCAAAUUAAACAUCCAAGUAACUCAAAUACUAGCAUUCAAUCUCCAAAUUUUAAUCUUAACUCACCAAAUGCAACUCUCCCUUCACCAAGAUCACAAACACGUUCUCCAAGUUCUUCACCAAAAUUAGUUAUAGCUGAGGAUAAACAAGGAAAUAGCUCUGCUUCUGAACAUAAUGUGAAUCAGUCCAAUCAAAUAACAAGUACUCAAAUUACUAGUUCAGGCUCUACAAAAACUGAAUCUCCUAAACCUUCUCCGGGACCAUCUAAAGUAGGCAUUAAAGCAGUAAAACCUUUAAUGCCUGCAAGUAAAAUAACUGGUAUAAGGCAGCCAAUAACGCCAACAUUAAAUUCUAGUUAUGCAAUGAACUCUGCCGCUGACUAUCUUGCUCAGAGUCAGUUUAAUUUACACACUCAACAGGCAAUACUAAACAACAUUGCUUGGGUGAAUGCUCAGAGACACUUUGAUAUGUUUAAAAAUGUAUCUAACACACCUCAUCAAAGUCAAAACGAUUUCAAUAAUAAAGAUAAGCAAUAAUAAUGAAUAUAUAAUAUUUAUUAAGUUUUUAAACAACAAUAAUUUGUAAUAAAAAUGUACAACAUGUAACUGUUUUUAUACAAAUAGAAGUGAUGCCUGUUUUUUUUGUGUGUGAUUAUAAUUGUUUAGUGUACAUAUAAUAUUAAAAGAAAUAAAAUUAUUUGCUUAUUAUAUUUUUAUAUCUUGUGACAUUACAUUUGUAAUAAAUAAUUAUAAUUUCAAUGGAAGUAUUUUUAUCCUAAUAUCCAGCUUUUAUUUGAAUUUUAUUCUUUAAUUAAGUGUUUUAUUGUUUUGUUUUAAUUGUUUGGUAUUAGUUUUAUCAUAUAAUUUCCCAUUAUGGUGAUUAAUAAAUAGAUAAUAUAAAUAAUA